UAUUUGAUGACAUCGGUCAUGGAGUUAGAGGCGGAGGUACUCCGAGACAAAAACAAAGAGGGUCAAGUCAGGGCAGCAUUCAUUCCUUAAAUUCCCUUUCUGCAAAUUCCAUGGCUGGGGUGGGACCAGCUCCAACAACUAAACCACCAACGCCACCUCAAGUAUCCAGAACUUCAAGCAAAGCAUCAGUGUCAGGAGGGACUUUGAGCAAAAACAGUAGAGAGUAUCGUACACCACCGGCAGUGGCACCACCACAGGUUCCGAGUCAUUAUGCCCCCAAUUAUCCCAUUGGACACCCUAGACGUGAGAGAGGUCCAGGCUAUGGCACUUUGCCUUUGCCAAAUCUUCAUCAGACCUCUCCGCAAGUAGGCAUGGUGCACCCAAUGUCGCAACAGCAGCAACAGGUGGUUCAGCCCCAAACGCCACCUCCUCCACCACCUCCAAAUUCAGCGGGAUAUGUGCAAGAACUUCACAUGAGCAUGCCACCACCACCCUCUCCGCUGAUAAACAGCCAAGAGAUGGUGCUGUCUUCGAACCAGCAUCACCCGAUGAUGAUGGGUGGUCACCACGGGCCAGUUCCGCAGGGCAGCCUCGGGAUGCACACCCUGUCUCACGCUCAGGGCCAUCGCAUCUCUCAAGCUCUGGCACAGAAUCUCGCCAGGCAGAGCGGGGCUCAGUCGCCCCCGUUACCUCCCCCACCGCCUCCGGAGGACGAGCAUGAAGGAUUCGGUAGGCCGAGAAAUUCAGGUGUGAUGCCCAUCGUGCCGGAUGAGGAAGAUUUACCGGGAUGGGUCCCAAAGAAUUACAUCGAAAAAGUUGUUGCCAUAUAUGACUACUAUGCUGACAAAGACGACGAACUUAGCUUCCAAGAGAGUUCAGUCAUUUACGUUUUGAAGAAGAACGAUGAUGGAUGGUGGGAGGGAGUCAUGGACGGUAUUACGGGACUCUUUCCUGGAAAUUAUGUGGAACCUUGUGUUUGAAAGGUGAAUAUAUAGGGGUAUUUACGGUAGACAGUUUUAUAUGAAUCUUUAGUGUUUACAGAGAUAGGAACUCCUUGGAUCAAUAUGUAUGUUUUCAUAUAAUGUUCUCAUCUAGAGCACAGACUUUAAUUCGUCAGAAAAGUGUUUCUAAGAAGUAUUCAAGAAUUAUAAACUUUUGAGUACUCUUCCAAAAAUGAAAUAAAAAUCUGGGUUCUGAGGGAUAAGAAUACAAUAUUCCCAAAAAUAUUUGUAAAUUAUUCAUUUCAAAAAAUGUAAAAUAAAUGGAAGUUACUUGCAUGUUUGAAAAAACCUGAACAAACAAAAGGAAAAAAAAAAUAUAACGUUUUAAAACAUAUUUUUGUUGUCUCAAAUUUGAAAAUAUUUAAGGUUGUUUCCUAUCUUCAACAUGGUAGUUUGCAUUUAAUUUGAUUCAAAAAUGUAUUUACAAUUUCAGAAAAUAUUACUUGGGAUAAAGUGAAAUAUUUCAGAAUAACCUACAUUGUGCACAUGUAUAUUCUUAUAUUAUUUAUACUUCAAUUCAAAUAUAGAUCUAGUUUUUGAAGCAGUUCUUUUUCGGCGAACUUGAGACUAUUCAACAAUACAAAAAGGUUUGAGAAGAGCUGAAAGCAGUUAAAAUAUGUACCGUUACAUCUAGUACAUGGGCAAUAUUUGGUAUUUUGUGAAUGGACAUGAGCUUUUACAAUUUCUCAUCAUA